AAAAAUUACUCCAUCGUGCAAGUGCACGCUGACAAACUGCACGUGCAGUGCUCGCGAGUGGAGAGGAAGCGUGACGCACCAUCUGCAUGCUGCUUUGCCGUGCCCGCGGAAGUAGGUGUCCCUCGAGAAUCCUUGGACGUCAGAGUAUGUGAGAGAUAAAGAAGAAAAUGGCAGUUCCAUUCUCAAACACCAAAUUAAGGGUGCCCAAAGGGUUUCAAAACAUUCUCGAGGGCUUGGCAAGAGAAAUACUACGAUCCCAACCGUCAAACAUUUACGAGUUCGGAGCGGAGUAUUUCGAAAAUAUGCUGAAGAUUCGUGCGGAAACUGGCCAUGACCCAGCAGUCCAUGGCGCCAGACUGGAGGACCGUUACUACAAUAAAGACUUCAAGGAACGUAGCCCACAAGAUUAUGCCACCAGGAGUUACUCAAUAAACGAGGAAGAGGCAGCGCUCAGGAUCCAGGCUGGUUUCCGUGGUUACUUGGGGCGUAUGGAGGUUCGCAACAGAAAAAGAAUGGACAGCGAUGAGAAUGCAGAUUUCCAGCAAGACAUCAAAGAUGCUAGACAGAAACUACCAAUGUCUCUGAAGAUUGACAGAAAGGACAUCACACCGGAACCGCCAAUAUCUCAGGAUGCAGACCUUGGUGACCCUGAGGUGGCUAACGCAGCCCUUAAAAUUCAGUCAGGGUUCAGGGGCCACAUGGCCAGAGAGGAGAUCAAACGAAAGAAGGAGGUACAAUUCACAGACCACACCAAACCUGAGAUACAGAUAUGUCAGAAGACAAGUUCUGUAACCCCUUAUGACACUGCAGUUGAAACUGCUGCUGCAGUAGUCGAGGCUACUUACAAGGGAAUUAGUAUGCGCAAAUCCAAGGGCUAUAUUCAACGCAAAUUACAAAAACCAGGAACUUAUUUGCAUCGGAUGAAAGAGGCAUUGGAGACAGAAGUCAGCCAGCCUCAAGGGGUGCAAGAGAAAGAACAGGAGGAAGUAGACAUUGACCUCACAGAUCCAGAAGUAGAAAAAGCUGCUAUAAAAAUCCAGGCUGGUUUCAAGGGGUAUAAAAUGCGCCAUGCGCAAAAUGCAACAAGUGUUAAACCAGUGGAAGAAGAGGAGGGCUUCAACAAACCAGAUGAAGUCACAGCAGAGAUCAGCGACCAAGUAAAGGGAGAGGAUUCAAGUUUGACCGAUGCAGACAGAGAGGUAGCAGCAAUAAAGAUUCAAGCAAGUUACCGUGGAUACAGGACCAGAAAGACCUUGAAAGGUGAACCAUCAUUAACCGUCAGUAAAGAUGCAACAACCAUAGACAAGCCUGAGCAGCAUGAAGAAAUAGACAUCGAUCUGACAGACCCAGAGGUGGAGAAGGCUGCUGUUAAGAUCCAGGCAUCUUUCAAGGGCUUUAAGGCAAGAAAGGAGCUGAGCAGUAGUGAACCAACCCAGCCAGACAAUUCAGACGAACCAGGUGAAGGUGAAGGUGAAGUUCAAGCAGAAGACCAAGGAGAAGGGGAAGAGGUUGACAUCGACCUCACUGAUCCAGCUGUGGAACAAGCAGCCAUUAAGAUCCAGGCUGGUUAUAAAGGAUUCCGGGCCAGACAGGAAAUUAAAAAAAAGAAUGAAGGUGUCGAAGACCAAGAGGCUACAGGCGGAGAUGAGGUGAUGGGAACAGAUGACACAGGUGAAGCAAAUGAUGGGGAGAAUGCAUUGGAAGGGGUAUUGGAGGAGGAUGCCUCCAAGGAGAAGGAGGUGGACGAUGACGACCAUGGCAAUGAGGCAGAUGAAGAAACAGGGGGAGUGAAAGAGCAAAGUGAGGAAGUGGGUGGGGAGGCUAAUGAAGGUCAAAUAUUGGAAGAGGAGGCAGCUGCAGAGGGAGAGGAGGCAGCUGCAGAGGGAGAGGAGGCAGUCGCAGAGGGAGAGGAGGCAGCUGCAGAGGGAGAGGAGGCAGUCGCAGAAGGGAGAAGAAGCAGUCGCAGAGGGAGAGGAGGCAGCCGCAGAGGGAGAGGAUGUUUAAGGAUGUGCAAAGGACUGUGAAAAGGACAGAACCAAGAACCAAUAGACUGGCAUUCACUCCAGGUUCCAUGCACAAGGUUUACAAAUGGAGUACACUGAAACCUAUUUCUUCAUAUCAUUUGACUUUUUCACCUCACCAGGUUGGUUAAAUCUCAGCCUGAAAAAAAGUAAUCUGCACUUCGUUCUUUCCAGAAUCAAGUCUAUCACAGUGGUUCUCAAAGUUUUUCGGACCGCGGACCACUUUACUUAAGUAAAAGCUAUGGCGGACCACCAAGUCCUAAAAAUCAGUCUGUACUAUGAAUUUCAAAUUUAAAUUAAUGCAUUUGUUUCAU